AAACAAUGAGGCGCAUAAGUGUGUUUACGCCCCGUGGCAUCACGAAUAAGUCACAUUUUUGGCAUCAGGCAUGUUUACAUUUCCUGUGCACCUGCUCUGAUAGGGAACCCGCUAUAGUCUACCUCCUCCUCCUCCCACCUAAACAUCGAUUUUCAAUUUAAUUGUAAAGACAUCUCCACCAAUAGCAAAUAUAUUGAAUAGAUAUUCUUCAAGUCUCACACUGGAACGUGCGUGGAUGUCUUGAAAACAAGAGGGUUGGAGAGAGGGCGGAGGAAUCUACAGCAUGGUUUGCCUGCCCAUCGUGACGCAGCCGGUUGCUAGGUGUGAAUGAACUGAUGCUCUCACUCAAUAAAUCGUCUCUCAGUCAUCAAGUUCACCACAACAAAGAAGCAACAACAAGACUUCACUUCUGUCCCGGAUUUUCCAAGGGAGACAUGGCUUGUUAAAUUUGAGAAGAACUCGGACCCCCGACAGACGCCGUGCUUUGCUCUUGCAACGCACUCCAAACUCACAAGAAUUUUCAGCAAGAAUGGAGUGUCAUUAUGCUCACCCAGCCCUGCUCACUGUGGCUCAACUCUCAGACCCCACCGACUCAUAUCGUACGAUCGGACUAAUCGGAUUGAAUCAAAAGACCAAUAGACAAAAUGAUGGCAACGUCAGCAGCUCCUCUCUGGAAGACUCUUCGCGUCUGCCCGGCAGACCCCCUCACCCUCUCUCACCCACAGGCUAACCUCAGCCAAUCACAGGAGUGCAGGGGGGAGGUGCCAGAGGAGAGCCAGCACUUAAUUGGUGAUGGUCUCACGGACUGGAUGACGGAAGAAGUGGAUUUCUCCUCGUACCUCCCAAACCCUCACCCCUCUCCCUCCCCCAAUUCCUCCCUUCCUCCCUCACCCCUCCAGCAUGACAUCCAGGUGCCCUCUGACUUGGAGGUCAUGACUUCUCUGCUGCAAGAGGAACUCGCUCAACUGGAGGACUACUUCCUGUCUGAACCGCUGCCGGAGAAAGGACCGAAACUGGGAAAAUGCGACAAGGGUCCACCGCCAGUGGGUCCCCACCAGUCAUACUACCAGUUGCCCUUUCAUGCGUCAUCAUACUCCACCUCCAACCAAUCGGAACACAGCCCUCUACUUGUUACCCUGGCAACUGGGGAACUAGACCUGCUGAGCUUUUGCGGAGGUGGGCCUAUUGGGCGAUCAAAAUUGCCUAGACACGCCCCUUACAGUUGUAGCAAUCGCCCCAAUGGGUGUAGUCGCAAAAGAGUUUCAGAUGGGGUGAGGGUGGGCGAGGUCUACGAGAAUAGCAUAUGGAGUUCCAAAGGAAGUAACCCGUCGGUGACUCUAAGUGGCAGUUACAGCUGUGUAGAGGACGAGCGGGUAGUCGGGAAAGGUUACUGUCUAGGCAGUGGAGUUGAGAUUCGAAGAUGCCCCUUUUUACCCAAGGAAGAGAAAAAUUGUCAGUUCGCGGAAGAGGUCAUAGCUGUUGGCAGUGGGUAUGGUGGCUUUGGCGGGCCAUUGGAUAUCCCACACAAGAAAGAGGAGCUGUUGAUGUAUGGCAUGAGGGAAGUGAAUGUCAGUUGUGGUGGUGGAGGAUGUGCUAGUAGCAGUGAGAUAGAAUUGUUGAGUAGUAAUGUCAAAGUUGGCGUAGUUGGUGAGUUGUGUUCCAAGAUGUCCACUAUUCCUUGGAAGUCAGAGACUAGUGAGGGUUGUUAUCUUCAGGCAGCGUCCCAAUCAGAGGCCUCCUACCACCACGGCUUGCAAGGGACGGUCAGCGAGCAGGUCAAGGCAGAGGGUUUAGAGAUGGGCCGUCAACAUCAUGACUUCCACUGUGGUGGGUUCCUAGAGGACCAGCAGGGCUCUGAGUGUCUGGCAAUGGAUAGGGAGGCUCUUGACAGGCAGGUGGUGUUGGGGUUGAAGGAGGACCCCUGUCCCCUCGCAAAGCCUGAGCUGGACGAAACAAUGCCAGGGGAGGUCCACCAUCCGCCAGAGCGCAAGCAGAAGAAGAGAGACCAAAACAAGACUGCCGCUCAUAGGUAUCGCCAACGUAAAAGGGCAGAGCUGGACUGCCUUGAGGAGCAGUUGCACGGUCUGGAGGGGCAUAACCGGGAACUUCGGGACAAAGCAGAGUCAGUGGAGAGGGAGAUCCAGUAUGUUAAAGACCUACUGAUCGAAGUGUACAAGGCCCGCAGUCAGCGGCUCAAGCAACCGGACACCGACGCCUGAUGAUGAAGAUAAGAUGACGAAGACUUUCUGCAAGUAGAUUUGAAGAAAAAAAUGACAGGGAAAUGUUCGUUUUUCAAUGUUUUGAAAUUGAAUAUUACAUUUUUUAUUUUUCUUUGGGAGGGUCAGGGGGAGGGGGGGCGACAAAGGGGUUCAAUUGCAUGUUUUGAUUUUUUUUUUUUUUAAGAGUCAAACAACUACUUUAUACUUCCACUGUUUCGGCAAUCGGCACUAACCAAGCAAGCCUGCACUGUGAUGCUGUAAUGUCUCAGCUGACAAUCAAUUUCUGAAUGGGUUUCCUGUUGAAUGGAGAUGGCUUUGAUUUUCACCAGUGGUGUUUUUAUAUACUGGUUAGACUAAUGUGAUUCAACUAAGGCCUUACACUGGUCUUGAUGUCAAUAACUUAGCUACUGGUUCAAUAUACUCAUUAGCUUUUUAUCAAAAGACAAUCUUUGUUUAUUUGUGGGAGCUUUGCACUAUUUGUAUAUUUUCCCAAAUUAUUAUUCCAAUAAUUGACAGCAAAGUAAUAUAAAUAUGAAUGCAAAAACAGCCUUUAGGGAAGACUUAAGAUUUUGUUGAAAGUGUUGUCCCCUUAAAUGCUAAUUGCAAUAUGAUACAAUCAGUUUUAUAGCUCAGGUUAUGCAAUCAUGCCCAAAGUUCUAGAAGUAUGUAAGUUGGUAAUUCUUGACUGAAGAUUUUUUUGCAUGGCAAAGACUUUCAUGGCUACUAAAAUUAACGAGUUCUGUCUGUGUAUAUGAUGCUAUAUAGCUACUGUGCACUGAUUCCAUAGCAGCCUCACAUUCCAUGCUCUCUCUCAGCAAAUUCACUUGUCUCUAGCUCUUUCCUAGUCGUUUCUCUUCACUGGAUUAGAUGGUAAAUAGGAUUUCAGAAAUCAAUGUGGGACCCUCUGUCUCUUUACUUGCUGUAAAAGCAAAUCAGGGUUUGUGAUUUUAUAUGGCGGGUAUGCUCGUCUAAUUUAUAAAGACUUUUUCAAUUGUGUCUUGAAAGGAGAGAUGGUAGGUAGGUAGUCAGCCUUUGCUUUUUUCUAAAAAGAACAAAAAAACUAUUUUUCACUAGAAUGUUUGUGAUAGCUUCUCAUGUUCUUUCCCGCUUUUGUCUACGAGGAUGCAGUGUCAAUUAAUUUAGUAUAAACCUUUAUUUUAUAAUUAGGUACAACUCUACAUUUUUCUAAAAAUGGUCAAUCUGAUUUAAGCAAAUGUAACAAUAUAUCAUCUUUAAAUUUGAAAACCUAAUUGGAUCUUUAAUAGGAAUUAAUCCAAUUGAAUUGCUGUUGCUUUUUGAAUUAAUUUAAGUUGAAAUGCAAUAACUCUUAAAUGUCUUAACGAAUAGUUAAGAUCUUAAUAUAAUGUAAUUAUUUGUUAUCAAUCUUUUGGAUGAAUGAGUAGGACACUGCAUCUUUUUCAAAUAUGGUCUGUUAUCUUGGCGAUAUACAAUCAUGUUUCUGAAAUACAGCUUUUAAUGCAAUGUGUAUUAAUGUUAUUUUGUGAUAUUGAGAUUCUAUUACAUUCAAUAUUAAGCCUCACGCAUUUCAGCAACACGAUUACGACCAAUAAGUUACACCAGAUAAAAUAACCAACCAUUUAGUCAUUUUGAAAUAAUUCCAAUGUUUCCUCUCAAUAUAUUUCCUUUGUGUUACAUGUCACUCGUUUUAUUCAAAUAAAGUGAUUUGUGUCUACA